AUGAACCCGUCCCACGCCCUCUACAUGAACGCCCUCGCCCUCGUCAUGGCCACGACCGGCGUGCCCAUCGUCUACUAUGGCUCGGAGCAGGGACUCACACAAGGUGAUUGAUUGAUGGAUUGACACCAACACACACACACAUGGAUGUCGUGUGAACACAUGUGCAGAUCCUGACGGCAGCCGUGGUGCGGACAAUCAGAAGCGCCAGCCGCUGUGGCGGACGGGCUACAGCAAGAGCCACCCCCUCUUCCUCUUCAUCAGCCGGCUGGCCCGCCUGCGCACUCAGGGCCUCUUCGACGGCACACAGCGAGAGCUCUGGGUCCUCAGCAACAUAUACCUUUUCACACGGUCAGUCAGAUCAGACAGACGGGGACGCAGGCAGAGAAUGAAUGACCAUGCGGACGUCUGUGUUGUGUUGGGCUGUGUGUGCAGUGGUGAGCGCGUGUUGAUAGUGACGUCCAACCUGGGCGACGGGCAGUCGCUCGACAUCACUCUGCCGCCGAGCAACGUGCCUGACGCCUUCAGACGCGACGGCGACAUCACCGUAUGCGACCUGCUGCUGGGAGAUGGACAAGGGAGGGGCGAGGGCGAUGGGUGUGUGCGCGUGUCGAAUGUGAACCGCGAUGGCCUCAACGUACACAUAGAUGGCGGCAUGCCGCAGGUACUGAUGGUGGUCUCGUCGACGAGGCAAGCCCGGAGGAUGCCCGUGCUCGCAAAGUGACACUCGUCAAGAUGAAUCAAUCGCCCGAGUGGGAUGGGAUGAGGGGCUUUUCCUAGUCUGUCUGUCUGUAUGGCGAGAUCCUGUUGGUUGAUGUUGGUCAUUGGUGUGUGUUUUUGUGUGUGUGUUGUUGGAGACCAAGUGGAGUCCACAUGUGAUGUGCUUAGGUUUUGUGCGUGUCUGGACGGACGGUUUUUUUCUG